GGGGAUUGUGCUUUCCUGCUCCCUCAUUUGUAGUUUCAGAAAAGGGGUGGUGUUCUGCAUUUGAAAGGACUUUAAUGAAUGCUGUCAGUGUUUCUGAGAGCUAAUGGUCAGUAUGGGGAAGGAGGAGAGCAAAGGAAAGUGGUCUGGCUGCUCCAAGAGCAGUGGAUGACAGUUUGCUCUGAUUGAACGGAAUGUUCCACGGAAUGUUCCACCGUGUUUCAUCUCUAUUUGUUAUCCUUUGUUCUUUAUAGUGUGAUAUAUUGGUAUAAAGUAAAUGUAGAUGUGCAUGUGAAUGUGAUUUAUUUUCUUUUAAAUCUGUUUGUUGUGUACAACAGGGCAUAUACUUCUCUUGUCUUGGUUGGAUACUCAAAUCUCUGUGCAGUGCUUUUUGCCCGUUGCCUAGACGAUCACUUGGUUUCUCUGAGGAUGUCUGGUUCUCGUAAAGAGUUUGAUGUGAAGCAGAUUUUGAAAAUCAAAUGGAGGUGGUUUGGCCAUCAAGCAUCAUCUCCUAAUUCUGCAGUUGACAGCCAGCAGGGCGAAUUUUGGAAUCGAGGACAGACUGGAGCAAACGGAGGGAGAAAGUUUUUAGAUCCAUGUAGCCUACAAUUGCCUUUGGCUUCAAUUGGUUACCGAAGGUCCAGCCAACUGGAUUUUCAGAAUUCACCUUCUUGGCCAAUGGCAUCCACCUCUGAAGUCCCCGCAUUUGAGUUUACAGCAGAAGAUUGUGGCGGUGCACAUUGGCUGGAUAGACCAGAAGUGGAUGAUGGCACUAGUGAAGAAGAAAAUGAAUCUGAUUCCAGUUCAUGCAGGACUUCUAAUAGUAAUCAGACAUUAUCAUCUUGCCAUACUAUGGAGCCAUGUUCAUCAGAUGAAUUUUUCCAGGCCCUUAAUCAUGCUGAGCAAACAUUUAAAAAGAUGGAAAACUAUUUGAGACAUAAACAGUUGUGUGAUGUAAUUCUAGUGGCGGGUGAUCGCAGAAUUCCAGCUCACAGAUUGGUGCUCUCCUCUGUCUCAGAUUAUUUUGCUGCCAUGUUCACUAGUGAUGUCAGAGAAGCAAGACAAGAAGAAAUAAAAAUGGAAGGUGUAGAGCCAAACUCACUAUGGUCCUUGAUUCAAUAUGCAUAUACAGGUCGCCUUGAAUUAAAAGAAGACAAUAUUGAGUGCCUGUUAUCCACAGCUUGCCUCCUUCAGCUUUCACAGGUUGUGGAAGCUUGUUGUAAGUUUUUAAUGAAACAGCUUCACCCAUCCAACUGUCUUGGAAUUCGUUCUUUUGCUGAUGCACAAGGUUGUACAGAUUUGCAUAAAGUGGCUCACAAUUAUACUAUGGAGCAUUUCAUGGAAGUAAUUAGAAACCAGGAAUUUGUAUUGUUACCAGCCAGCGAAAUUGCCAAGCUCCUGGCCAGUGAUGACAUGAACAUCCCUAAUGAGGAAACCAUAUUGAAUGCGCUUCUUACUUGGGUCCGUCAUGAUUUGGAACAGAGACGUAAGGAUCUCAGUAAACUUUUGGCUUAUAUUAGGCUCCCACUACUUGCACCACAGUUCCUGGCAGACAUGGAAAAUAAUGCACUUUUUCGGGAUGAUAUAGAAUGUCAGAAACUCAUUAUGGAAGCAAUGAAAUACCAUUUAUUGCCAGAGAGACGGCCCAUGUUGCAAAGUCCUCGGACAAAACCUAGGAAGUCAACUGUUGGUACAUUAUUUGCAGUUGGAGGAAUGGACUCAACAAAAGGAGCAACAAGCAUUGAAAAGUAUGAUCUCCGUACAAAUAUGUGGACUCCUGUAGCAAACAUGAAUGGAAGGAGGCUGCAGUUUGGUGUUGCAGUGUUAGAUGACAAACUGUAUGUGGUUGGAGGAAGAGACGGUCUGAAGACUUUGAAUACAGUAGAGUGCUACAACCCCAAAACCAAAACAUGGAGCGUGAUGCCUCCCAUGUCCACACAUAGGCAUGGUCUUGGUGUGGCUGUACUGGAGGGUCCCAUGUAUGCAAUUGGAGGGCAUGAUGGCUGGAGCUACCUGAACACAGUGGAAAGAUGGGACCCUCAGGCUCGCCAGUGGAAUUUUGUUGCCGCCAUGUCCACCCCCAGGAGCACAGUAGGUGUGGCAGUACUAAGUGGAAAACUUUAUGCAGUUGGUGGCCGUGAUGGAAGUUCUUGUCUCAAAUCAGUAGAAUGUUUUGACCCUCAUACCAAUAAAUGGACACUCUGUGCACAGAUGUCAAACCGGAGGGGCGGAGUGGGAGUAACUACCUGGAACGGAUUGCUCUAUGCUAUUGGAGGACACGAUGCCCCUGCGUCCAACUUGACUUCCAGACUCUCUGACUGUGUGGAGAGAUAUGAUCCCAAAACAGAUGUGUGGACUGCAGUGGCAUCUAUGAGCAUCAGCAGAGAUGCGGUGGGUGUCUGUUUACUCGGUGAUAAGCUCUAUGCUGUUGGAGGGUAUGACGGACAGACUUACCUUAAUACAGUGGAGGCUUAUGAUCCUCAGACAAACGAGUGGGCCCAGGUUGCUCCACUGUGUCUAGGAAGAGCUGGCGCUUGUGUUGUGACUGUAAAACUGUAA